AUGCAGAAAUCAACAACGAUGCGCGGCCCACUGAGUGCCAAAGACAUCGAGUUGGCACGGAUGCCUUGCUACGUUAGAUGCGAGUAUUUAAACACUGAUAUAUCCUUCCCCACUGUCUGUGAUCUAUGCUUCGAGGAUAUGGAGGCCGCCUCCAUGUUCCGCGUGUUACCAUGCGGCCAUAUUUUCCAUAAACCAUGCGUCGAUUGCUGGAUUCUUUCGCGCGAUGCGAGCUGUCCUCUGUGUAGGAAAACUUUUUACGAUUUACGCGUGUCAAAGUUCUCACGGACUCACAUGACGGAUUGCGGGGGAAGAGAUCGGAACCAUGUUAAUAGUUCUUGGCAUAUACCGCGUUGGGUUAUGAGGGGAAUUCAUUUCGGGUAG